AUGGGAGACUACAUCAAUCUAGAGACAGACUAUUUCUAUCAUUCUCACAAGGACCGACAUAUUGCAUCGACAUCUGUACAACCUGUCGCUUAUCCAGUUUGGUUGAAGGGUGCAUCUGAUGAUGCAGACAAAGAAGACAAUAGAAAAGUAGCAAGUGAUGCUCCUGAACAUAAACACAUAAAUGGAUCGCUAAAGGGUCAACAUGAGAAUACUUCACUCAAUCACAAGGAUCGACAUAUUGCAUCGACAUCUGUACAACCUGUCGCUUAUCCAGUUUGGUUGAAGGGUGCAUCAGAUGAUGCAGACAAAGAAGACAAUAGAAAAGUAGCAAGUGAUGCUCCUGAACAUAACAACAGAGAUGGAUGGGUAAAGGGUCAACAUGAGAAUACUUCACUCAAGAACAAGAAAAUAGAAACGGAAACAAGUAAACAACCCAAAGCCAAAAAUGGGAAGUGUAAAACGCCAUGUGAACGUUGUAAAGCAAAGACGCCUAAAGGAAUUUGCAACCUUGGAAAAGAUGAACAGUUGGAUAUGUUGUUACGAAAUGGCGUGGAGAGUGUUAGACUUGGAAUCACGGAUACAAACUUCUCAGUCUACCUGAAGACGAAUGGUGAAAAAACAUUCAAUGAACUGAAAAUGGAACUAGGGAAUGACUUUCCAGAACAUGACUUCAUAUUUCUAUCUGCUGGAAAGAAACCCAUCGUGUCAGUUUGUGCAGGAAAAGAAAUAAAAAUCAAUCCCGGAACCGGUACAUUAGGGGGAUUUCUGCGAUUUCAAGAAGAGUACUAUGGCCUUACAUGUUGUCAUGUUUUAAAAGAAUGGACAGAUGGCAUUGUGGAAAUGAAAGAUGAAUCAACAAAGGAGUGGAAAGAUAUCGGAUUCACUGAUGAGGAUAAAGAAAAGGCUUACAUUUAUUAUGAUUAUGAUGAAGCGAAAAAUAUAUAUGUACUUAAUUAUGAUCUUGCCGUGUUCAAGGUAACAAAUCAAAACAGAAUCAAGAAACCUGGGAACGAAAACAAAAACGACUGCUGUUGCGAAUUGACUCCUAUUCCAACAACCAAAAUUUCCGAAGUAGAAAAAACAGGAUCGGCCACUGGACGACGAGUUGGAGAGGUGGAGGAAAUGGUCUAUCAUCAGAUAGUUAAAUACCCUCUUAAAGGUGGUAAAGAAAAUAUAGACGUUGCGCUUUGGGAUAUGAUUAGGAUAAAGAAUGACAACAAUUGCUUUGCAGAUAAGGGUGACAGCGGUUCCAUUGUAUUCUACAAGGAUCAGAAAAAGUAUUUUGCCAUUGGCAUGAUUCAUUGCAUUGGCGAGGAUGACAAAGGCCAAUACGCCUAUGCCUUUAAACUUCACAACGCUUUGAGUGAACUUCAAACAAAGCAAACCGGUGCUCUGCGAGAUGCAACAUUUGGAUCCAAUGGAGACGUUGUUUUUACCUGUCUUGGUCAUAUCUGCGGACAAAACAUUGCUUAG